AUGGCGAGCCAGUCAGGUCCUAAUCUGGACCCCGUUUACUUCGGUGGCAUCGAAGUCGAUAUCAGCCAGUUCGAUUUCAGCGACCACUCAUCACGACUUGGUGCUGUUACAAUAACUUGCACCGUUUUUAUCGCCCUGGUCGUCUUGACUGUCGCUCUACGAAUCUUCUCUAGAGCAAGAUACGUUCGGCAUAUCUUCCUAGACGAUGUCCUCAUCAUCUUAGCCGCGGUCUUCACGGUCGCUCUAGCGGGAAUGUGCAUCGCAGCAACUCACCAUGGUCUUGGGCGACAUAUUUGGCUAUUGCCUAUACCGACGCUGUUUGACACACUGAAGAACUGUAUACUGUAUCUCUUCGUCUGCCAGGUGCUAUACUGCUUCGCUAUUGCGUUGACGAAACUCGCCAUCAUAUCACAGUACCUUCGCUUCAUCCCCGACAAAUCAUUCCGCGCAGCGUUGUACGGGAUAUCUGUGAUCAUCCUAGGUCUGUUCAUCACGGGAGUUUUUGUCACCAUCUUCCAGUGCCGUCCUGUCCGAGGAGCGUGGAACUUCACUAUUGAACCAGUGUGCGUGGACUACGUGACCUAUCUCUAUGCUAGCUCCGCUGUCAAUGUCGCGACGGAUAUCCUCCUCUUUGUGCUACCCUUAUCCCAUCUUUGGAAGUUGAACCUACCAAGAAAGCAACGAGUCAUUCUCUGUGUGCUUUUAGCAGGAGGUGCAAGCGCAUGCAUUGUAGGUAUUAUCCGCAUUGCCUAUCUACACCAGUUACGCGUCUUGGAUGUUACCUAUCAAAGCGUCGUAUGUCUUAUCCUGACAGUAGGAGAAUGCAGUUUAGGGAUCAUCUUCGUUAGCAUUGCUGCUCUUCGUCCGAUGGCACGGCAGUUCUUUCCAAAGGCAAUGCGAAACUCUCCUGCUUCGUCAGCUCAACCACGUGCAUGGCCCAUUCGCCUCCAGCAUAUACCUGCCAGUCAGGACAAGGACCAGUACACUUCAGAGAGCAAACAGAACCUUUCGGGGUCGUACGGGACGCGCUCGGGAACGUCUUGCUAG